ACUGAGGCCAUUCUCAGGGACAAAUAUCGGAGCAGCCAGGCUGGCGACAUCCCUGGAAGUGACUCCUAAGCCCCUCUGCGGAUUUUCCAACGGCCCCAGAGAGGGGGCAUCAGGCCAAGCUGCUGCGUCAGCUGGUUAGAGGCGACAAGAGCCUGAUCCAGAGGCCCCAGGACUUGCCACGUUCCCCUGAACCUGAACUCCAAGGCUGCGACACUGUUCCAAGGCGGGAUUUGCACAGCGAACCGCAGUCCACGUCCGCCCCAGGCUUGCUGCCACGCGGCCAACGGCACCAGCCAGCAGGCGGCACCAUGGCCGUGAGCCUUUUGCGGGACUGGUGCCGGGGACUGGAUGUGGACACGCACCGCGCGCUGCUGGUCACCGGCAUCCCAGAGGGCCUGGAGCGGGCCGCCAUCGAGGCUGUCCUGCAGCCGGCCCUCUUGCCCUUGGGCACAUUCAGGCUAUGGAACACCAGGGCCGCGAGGGACCACAAGGCCAAGGCUGCUCUGGUGGAGUUUGUGCAGGACAUAAAUCAUGCGUCCGUCCCCAGGGAGAUCCCGGGCAAGGACGGAGUCUGGAGGGUUGUGUGUCAGGACCCUGCGGAGGACCCAGGAGUCCUGAGGCACAUGAGACGCCUGAUGCUGGAUGACAGGCCCUUGAAGGCCACAGGGCCCUGGGCCCCAGAGAACACGCUCCGCUCUCCGGCUAAGGAGACACAGGUCCAGGCCUCAGAGCCUACUGCCAAGAGGGCUGGCCCACCUCCUAGGAGGGGCCGCAGGGCUCGCAGAAACAGAGCUAGAGGCAACAGGUGGGUCCCCAGGGGCCAGAGCACCGAGGGACAGGAGCAGCCGCCCACAUCUGCCAGGCCGAGCAGCUUCGGGAGAGCGUCCCCCGCUUCCCGCUGUCCAACCCGACCGCCACAGCGCAGGGAGGGUCCGAGGGUCGGGUCCGGAUCCCGGGGUGGGCGACCGUGGGGCGAGGAGCCGUGGAAGCUCUCGGGCGCCGCGCGGCGGGACAGGGCCGACCCCGGGACCCGGGCUGGGGCCGCCCUGUCCCCCGCCGCGUCCCCCGCGCCAGCACGGUGUCCGCGCACGGUAGCGGCCCAGACUCUAGCUGCCCCACGACCCACCGACCGAAUGAACUACGCGCGCCGGGAGAACCGCGGCCCAGAUGCUGCUGGCGCGGAAGGGGCUGGAAGGCUACUCCUGCCGGGAGGGGGGAAGGCCCCGCCGAGCCCCGCGCAGUCCCCCCGGCCGCAGGCUGGUCCCCCGGAGCCCCGUGGGCGGCGCAGCCCCGAGGACACCGAGCCGAGCGCCCGCGGCCCAGGCGGCGGCAGGAGGCAGCGCCCAGGCAAAGGCCGGACGGACUCGGCGGGCCGCGGGGAUACGGAGCCAGUCCCGGUGCUCGGCGCUGGCGUGGCGGCCCGAGGGACACCCACUCACGCGGUCCCUCGCGGGGCGCCGUGGGGCGGAGGCACUGAGGAGACGAUCCUGGGGCAGGGCGCGCGGUGGCACGACCCGGGGAGGCUGCGGGGCGAGCCGUCCGCGCGACAGGUUUGCCAGCCUCGCGCAUUUCGGGAGGGGUCUCGCUGA